ACUCAGUGGCAAUCUCCUACUUUGAAGAGACAUCUCACUUUGCAUGGUCGUUUUCUGGCUUUCUGUUGGCAGUGAAAGCUUUCUGGUCUACCGCUAGUCUGUCUGAUGAUUUGAUCUCUGUUAUGAAGAAGAGAUAUACAUUAUUACUAAAAAACAUUCAAGAUAAUGACAAAGAUGAGCAGCGACGAAGUAUGGCGACUUUUCUCAUACAACAGGUAUGGGUGAUGUUCCUUGUCGUGGCUCCUGUUGUCGCGCAGCUCAAGGAGGGUGACAUUCCUUCAUUGAGUAUGGGUGACGUUCCUCGUAAAAAUUCAACUUCGGUGAAAAAACUCAUGGAAUUAAUUAAUCUUGAUGAACAAUUGAUACCUAAAAAGGCAUGUCAAUUAUUGUUAAUUCAAAUUACAGCAUUGAAUGUGUUUGACGAAGCAUACAUACAACAAACUGAUGAUUUUAUUAGUGAGCUUGAGAGGCCAGUCAAAAGGUUACAUGCUAUGGCUAAAAGCAAUAAUAAAAAAAAUGAUGAUAAUUUAAACAAAAAGGGAGAUAAUGAUAGCAAAGAGUAUUUUGACUAUGGUGAUGAAACAAUUAUAAAAUUGGAAGAGCUUAAGACAAUAGAUGAUAAUGACAAGGAAAACAAUGAAGCGAUCAAUGAAGUGAAACAAAACUUUAAAUCAAAUUAUCUAAAGAUGCGUUCUGAUAAAAAAUGGAAAUUACCUUCAAAUAAGUUUGUAGAAGAUGUAUUAUAUGAGUAUGCUAAGAAUUUACCAUAUGAAAGUUUUAUCAUCGAUACUAAAAAUAAGACAAUUAUGAAUCUUUUUAGUGAAGAUGACCAAAGACAUAUUGCAAGUUUUAAUGUUCUAGCUGAUCCUGAAGUACCAGAUGAAUUGACUAAUUUCCUUCUAAGAUACAGAAAAGAUUGUCUUCAAGAAAUUGAUAUCUUUUAUCUCAUGAUUUCGGUUAUUGCUAGCCUUCCUAGAUAUGAACUAAGAUUUAAAGACUUUACGAGGUCUCAUCUGGAAGGAUGGUACAAAACCAAUGUUUGGAGUGUAAUUGUUGAUUCUUGUCUAAUUGAUGUUGAAAACAUUGAAUUUAUUCGGAAGAAUAACGGAAAAAAAAGCACAAAAACUAAAGCAUUGUAUGGACGUAAGUGUGAUGGAAUUGCACAGGAAUUAGGAACACCUGAGGAAUUUUCAGAUGGCACAAAAUAUUUAUCUGAUGGAUCAUUGAAAAUGCCAAAAGUAAUGCGUAAUAUGUUAAAACAAAAAAUAAGCAAGUAUGGUGUUAGUUUUGUCAAGACUAAUCAAUUAGAAAUCAUUAGAUUUUUACAUUCUGCCCAAUAUCUUCAAACGCUUGUGAUAACUAUUCCAUCUGGAUACAUGUGUCAGCUUAUUAGAUAUCCUUUUAACAAGAUAUCAACAGAUCUUGCUAAUAUUGAUGAUUUGAUUAAAAUGGUCCAUGAUAUGCUCGUUGCUAAAUGUUUGGAUUGUUCAAACAAUUCAAAUAAUAUAAAUAUUAUCAGUAAUGAAGAAUUUAAGCAACGUUUAAAGAAAAAGAUAUCUGAGUUACAAAACAAUAAUGAUUAUAAUUUUCCAGAUACUCCAAAGACACCUUAA